CAAACAACAACAACAACAAUCCUUCGACGAUUUGUGAUCGUUGGGGUGAAAUCUCAAAUAGUUCAAUUUAUCCAUCGCAAUCCGUGCAAUAGAAUCGCCGAAGAGGAUUACAUUUGUGCUAGUUAUUCUCUUUGAAGUCCAAGAUGUCGAUCGGAGUGCCUAUCAAAGUCUUACACGAAGCAGAAGGCCACAUUAUAACUUGUGAAGCCAACACCGGUGAAGUUUACCGGGGCAAGCUUAUAGAAGCUGAAGAUAAUAUGAACUGUCAAAUGACUGGAGUAAUGGUUACGUAUCGUGAUGGAAGAGUAGCCCAACUCGAAAAUGUAUAUAUUCGGGGUUCUAAAAUUAGGUUUCUCAUUCUACCUGAUAUGCUGAAAAACGCCCCAAUGUUCAAACGACAAGGCAAGUCCGGCGGCGCUGGCGGUGCCGGUAGAGGAAAAUCUGCAAUUCUGCGCGCUCAAGCUGCCAGAGGCAGAGGCAGAGGCUCCAGAGGUGGACCAGGAGGACGGGAUGGUGGCUGGAGAAGUGGAGGCCCUGGAGGUUCAGGUUCCAGCCGAGGUGGGCGAUCUGGUGGUGAUCGCCCCUAAACAAAAUUUAACUACUAUUUGACUGUAAUGUAUAUAAUACAAUCAACUGAAAUCAUUUGAGUUUGUAUGACUUCUUUUGAUGACAAGCCAGCUAAGCUAGAUGGGGCAGCCAACUGAGUUAAUUAAUUGAAAAAGUUUUAUUUUGUGGCUUGUAAGAAUGAUUUUUUUUUAUCAUGUUCAAACUGCUACUUUCAUUCCAAGAGGUUUUAGUUCCCAAUAAUUUAUUCUCUGAUUCCUCAUUUCAUCACAUUCAUUAUCCACUAUUCAACCUGGUUUCAACCUUCUAAAUAAACAUCUGAACAAUUCA